AUGUCACGUUUUCCACCUAAUGAAGGAAUAGAUGAAUUAGGAAAAAGCACCAAGGGAAUUGUUCUGAAUAGAGACAUAAACAAAUGGGCUGAUAAUAGAAAAAUAUUCAUUAGAGCUAUAAUGGCUCCAAAUGCAUUAAAAUUUUCAGCUAAUCUUGUAAAUUGUGUUUUUAAAGACUUAGAAAUUUAUUGGGAUUCUUUAAUUGAUGAAAUGGGAGAAUCUAUUAUGAAUCAAGAAAUUCAUCAAAAAAAAGUAUUGGAAAUUGAUCUUGUGCCUUGGAUUAAAAGAAUUUUUGCUGAAAAUAUAAUGUUAUUAGCAACAAACAGACCAUCUAAUACAUUAUUGAAUUAUUAUAAAACCAGUAAAAAAGAUUUCAAUAUAAUUAAAACUGCUGAGGAUGAAUAUAUUGAUAAUGUAAAACCUGGAGCAGAUUGUAUGAGAUAUUAUGCAACAAUUCCUUCAUAUAUACUUUUACGUAUUAACCCUCUUGGAACAAUAAUUGAUCGACUUGAAUGUGUAACAUUUAUAAUUUGUUUUAAACAAUGUUUUUCUUUACAUGGUGAUAAUCCUGUGUAUCAAUCAGUUAAUGUAAUAGACUCAAAAGAAAAUAAUAACGAUGAUAUAUAUGGUUCCAUCAAGAAUGCGCUGAAAUUUUUAAAUCAGAAUAAUAAAACGAUCCCAGUCGAAAAACAACCAUCACAUAAACAUUCUAAUUUGUAUAUUCAAAGUAUAAUUUAUAUAAACGCACUUGACAAUCCAUUGGUGGAUCAAUCUUUAAUGAUAGAUCAAACGUUAAUUAAUAAAGAAUUAGAACAAAUAAUUACACUUAAAGAAGUGUCACCGUUUUUACCAGCAUUUCUUGGAGAACUGGAAAUAGUGACUAAAUUAUCAUCUUGGUAUGAAUUAGAACAAUGGGCUCGUAAAAAAUAUUUUUCAGACUUUGCAGAUAUUAUUUGGCCAGAUCGAUCUGUAUUUGAUAGCUUAAUUGUGAAUUAUCUACAAGAUAUUCUUAUACAUUAUUCAUCAUUGUUCCAAGAACCAUACCAUGAAAACUUAUGCGAAGGAGAUGUACAUGACAUUCACAUACUUCCCUUAACAAAACUAUUACGGCGUGUAUGCAAGUUAAUUAAUGGUGAAAGAUUUUCUGAGGCUGUGAAAUUUCGGAUAAAUUUAUUUAAUAAAUCAAAUCAUAGAGGACAUAAAACAGACUUGGGAGGGGAGAUUAGUGGAUUUGAAGUGUUCACAUUUGAAAAUUCUUAUAUAGCUAAUGAGCAUACUAAAAAAUUUAAAAAAGAUGAAUUAAAAAUUGCAUGUUAUACCAGGGAUGAUUUGAUAGUACUAUGGCAAACAUAUUAUCGAAAAGCUUUUUCCGUAUUUAGUGAAUUUGAGACUUAUCUUAUGGCUAUACGAACUUGGGGAGCACAACUUUCUGGUACUUUGGAUGGCAAUAGUGGACUCCAUCUCAGUAUUUAUUCCACUAGACAAGUUACGGCUGGUUUAUUUUUUUUUCUUAUGGUUGACUCUGAACCUUUACCACGUAAAGAAACUGGUGUUGGUUAUGCAAGCUUAAGUGCUUGCGCAGAAUUGGUUAUUCGGCUAAUGGCUGGUAUACAACAAACAAGUAAAAUUUAUCUUGAAAUGGAUAAAUUAUAUAGAGGCUUGAGUCGACAAAAUCCCAAAAAACAAUCAGAGAAGAGGGUUUAUUUAGACGAAAUUUGUGAUAUUAAUUCAUUAAAUAGGGAUCAAAAUAUCAAAAAAAUGAAACAAUGUAGUAAAAAUGAUGAUAUCAUGGAAAGUGAAAGUGACAAGAAACGAUGUGGAGUUUGUAAUCAAAGAGGUCAUAAUGCACGAACUUGCUUGAAAUAUAUUGAACACAUGAAAAAUGAAACAGUGUUUUAG